CGUCCACCGGAUGGUAUCUCGCAUGUUUUAAACGUCUCCAACUUACUUGUAUCAGUUUUUUACACAUAAAUGAUUUUUAAAAACCAUUUGUUUAAACUCACAUCAUAGUUAAACUAUUUCUGAAUCACUGUUAUUUUUUCAUCAUAAUCAUUUGCCAUUUUUAAAUUAACAAUUCAUUUAAAUUUCGAGUAACAACAACUAAAUCAAUCAAUCAAUUUGUCAAGGUAUACUUGAUUGGUCUUAUGUAAUUGGAUCAAGCUGAAUUUAUAACAUGUUGAAAAUGUAAAACACAAGUGAACUAACUGCAAACUCUUACGAGCUAUUUGUCUGUUUUUUUGAAAAUUUCACUCACGUAUAAAGAUAAUAAUAACAGUAAUUGAGGAUAAAGAACCGGAAAUAUCGCGUGUGAUUAUCAGCUAUAAAAAAAUGCUCACGAUAAGUUGAAGGGUGCUUCAAUUAAUACACUGAUCACCAAGGUGACAUUCUUAAGGUGUGAACGCGCGCUUCCAAGGAUUCGCUAGUGAUCAUCAUCAGUAGUUUCAUCAAUUUAAAAAAAUGCAACGAUUUAAAACGCAGACUUCUAAUCUUUUGGCCAUCAUUUUGUUGAUGUUUACACGUUACCAAUGUGCUGAAGCUAACUGGUGGUACUUAGGCCUUGAAUCAAGGCUGAGUGGUUCAGAGAGUGCUACAGGAGCCGACGGAGCUCCGCAGAUUGGAGCGGGUGUUAUCGGACCAGCGAGUGCCGAAAGGAAUUGCAAAAGCUCGCACUUGACGAUCAAACAGCAGGGAAUAUGUUCACGCUCGCCUCCAAUUCUCCAGGCUAUAAGUGCUGGGGCUAGGCUAGCCAUCGAGGAGUGCCAGUACCAGUUCCGUUCAGCUCGAUGGAAUUGUUCAGUCAGCCCGGAUAAUCCUGAAAACAUAUUCGGUGGAGUGAUGCUAGUCAACAGUCGUGAGGCAGCGUUCGUGUACGCAAUCUCAGCAGCGGCUGUUGCCUAUAGCGUAACCAGAGCGUGUUCCAGAGGUGAACUCACUGACUGCUCUUGUGACAUGCGAGUAAGGGCCCGUCAUCCCAGUCAUUGGCAAUGGGGUGGAUGCAGUGAGGAUAUACAUUUCGGUGAAAAAUUAUCAAGGGAGUGGUCUGAUGGCGCCGAGAUGCCGAUAAAGGAAGGCGAUUUACAUGGACCCAAAGGAUUGGCAGGCCAGCUAAUGAGGAAACACGACAGUGAAGCUGGAAGGCGUGCUGUACGUUCAAGGAUGCAACGUGUUUGCAAAUGUCACGGUAUGUCGGGUUCCUGUAGCGUUCGAGUAUGCUGGCGAAGACUUCCUGCUUUCAGAGGUGCAGGAUCUGCUUUGGCAGCUCUUCAUGAAGGUGCUGCAUUAGUUCGUCUAGUGCAGAGGGGUGAUAGACGACCUGCGAGACUUAAACCCGCUAGACCAGACCUCAAGAGACCAAAUAAAACAGACUUGGUCUAUCUUGAAGACAGUCCUGAUUAUUGUGAGCGCAAUCUCACCUUGGGGAUUCCUGGAACCCGAGGUCGAAUAUGCAAUCGCACGUCUCUUGGCCUUGACGGCUGUCGACUUCUCUGCUGUGGACGAGGCUAUCAAACUCGAGUCCGUGAUGUCACAGAAAAAUGUAAAUGUAGAUUUGUAUGGUGUUGUCGAGUGCAGUGUGAGCUUUGUCGACAUACGCGUGAAGAACACGUUUGUAAUUAAGCAUUCCACUAUUUAAAUGAUUAUUAAUCCAAUAUCAAAUGAUGAUCUAGCUAUAAAAGUGACAGAGAAAUAGAGAGUUUUCACUUCACUAGCUUUAUAACUGAACAUCAAUCAUUUGUCUGUUUUUUUUUUGUAUGUAUGUCAAUCAUCUCUUUUUAAUAUGUUACAUCUAUAAUGUCGAGAUAGUAUCCUAAUUCAACCAAAAAACAUGGGCCGUAUCAGGCUCUUCGUCCAAGAUAAAGAGAAAAAAAUAGAUAAGUUAUAAUAUACUACUAUGAUAUCAACGAUUAAUAGCUAUUAACUAAUUAAUUAAUUAAUAAUUAAUAAUAAUCUGCCAAUGAUUGUACAUAUAAUCCUUUUUUUACAUUUAAUCGGUUAUUGUUGUAUAUAUAUUUAUAGCAAGUGAGGGAUAUUGUACUGAAUUAUUUGGAUUUCCAAUGCUGUUUAUUGGGUGUAUUGUUUUAUCCAGGAGAACAGUAUGGAUUUGUUUACUAAUUGAGUAGACAAACCGCAUGUCCAUAUUUUAUAGAUUUUUUAGUACUUUUUUUUACAUAGACGAUCAAGAUCUUUAUAAAAAUAAUAUUAAAUAAUAAUAAUUAUUAAAUACUUAUGCUAAGACAGAUGAUGAGGAAACAAUAUAGGCCAUGGGGGAUUAACUCGCGGCAGUGACGAUAUACAAAGCACAGUAUUGAAAAUAAUUGGUAUUUAUAUAUAUAUAUAUAUAUAUAUAAAUAUAUAUAUAUAUGAAAUAUAAAUAUAUAAAUAGUAUAGCUUUUCGAAUAUCUUAUAUUUCUUAAGAAAUUUUUCGACAAAGCUCUAGACUAUCUUAUUUUUAGCUUAUAAUAUUUGUAUGUAUAUGUAUGACCUGUAUUCUUAAAAGUAUUUAUAAAUAUA